AAACAGGACACGUCGUUGUGGGUGCGAUAACACGUCUGUGCAGCCAAAAUGGACUAGUAUUAAAUAUAUUCCAAUACAUUUCAGACUGUAGUGUUGUUCCGUUUGUUAGUUUAGUCACCGUCCAUCUGUUUUUGGCCUCAAGCAGCCUGAAUGGAGAACGACAUUGGUGUGGUUUUGGCCACAGAGAGAUACGGCAGUGCAGAGUCCUGGAAGUAUUUUGCAAGGGAUGGAGUGGUGGAGAGAAGGAGGGAUGGCAGCAAGGGUGAAUCCAGAGGAAACUCUAUUGUUGGGGUUUUUAAAAGUGUGUUUCUGCCUCAAGGGUAUCCAGAGAGUGUCAGUGAUGAUUACCUGCAGUACCAGUUUUGGGAUACAGUGCAGGCUUUCUCCAGCUCACUGUCAGGGACUCUGGCCACUCAGGCCUCUCUCAGAGGAGUCGGAGUUGGAAACCAAGAGGCAACAGUGGCUGCAGCCACAGUCACCUGGUUAUUAAGAGAUGGAACUGGUAUGUUGGGAAGAAUCCUCUUCGCCUGGCGGAAAGGGACAAAACUGGACUCUGAGGCCAAAAAAUGGAGGAUGUUUGCCGAUGUUCUCAAUGACAUGGCCAUGUUCAUGGAGAUAUUGGCUCCACACUUUCCUGCUUGCUUCACCUUGAUUGUGUGUACUGCAGGGGUAUUCAAGUCCAUUGUCGGAGUGGCAGGCGGAGCGACCAGAGCUGCUCUGACUGUUCAUCAGGCUCGCAGAGACAACAUGGCUGACAUCUCUGCUAAAGAUGGCAGUCAGGAGACUUUAGUGAAUUUGGCUGGACUGCUGAUCAGUUUGAUUCUCAUCCCCCUAAUCACUGAUAAUCCAGUACUGACUCUCAGCCUCUUCUUCCUCUUCACCAUGCUCCACCUCUUUGCCAAUUACAAGGCUGUGCGUUCGGUUGUCAUGGAAACCUUCAAUGAGGCGCGACUUUCGAUCGUGUUACAGCAAUACCUGAGAGACAAACGAAUCCUGAGUCCACUAGAGGCCAAUCAGAGAGAGCCAGUUUUCUUGGAAUUUACGAAAACGGUGCCAAUCAGACUCGGAGUGAGGCUACAGGAGGUUGUACAAAGCCCGGAGGAACUUCAGUUGGCUUUGAAGAACAACAACAUGCCUUACCUCUUAGGAGUGAGAAACGCUGUCUACCUCCCAGGGUGCAUAUGUGUUUGUUUGGGACCAAAAGCAUCAGUACAUGAUGAAAUCAGAGCGAUGUGUCAGGCUGUGUGGAUCAGCAGCACGAUGAGCCCUCCAGCUCACACAGAACCCCCUACACAACAGCAGCAAAGUCACUGGGAAAUGGUGCAUGAGAGCCACAAACUGAUGGACACAAUUUUCAAUCCAUUUCUCAAAGGUGUGGAAGCUGCAGGAUGGGACACAAAACGAACUCUGCUGGACUGGGAUGAAUGGAGGGUUGAGUGGAAAUCUAAAAGCAACUGAGCUUCUCAUUGUUUAUAUCACAUUGUUUAACAUUUAUUAAACAAUUACAUUUUUAA